AUGUCUCUCAAGGAUUUGUACUGCUUGGCGUACGCCCCUCUCCAGGGCACGUGCUUGAUGGAUCUGGAGGAAGAUGACUACACACCAGAGACCCUCCAGAAGGAGAUGAAGUUUCUUCAGAAAUUCACAUCAACGAGCUUGGAAGCUUUCAGCAAGUUCUUCGAAAAGGCAGAUCUUUCCAGCGCGGAGGGGGCGGCUGCUCUUUAUUGUAUGACGUCCUUCUUCAACCGCUUGCAAGUCGUCUCACUGCGUGCCGGCACAUUGACGUACAACUUCAGGUUGCAGCAGGAGGCUAAACACCUUGCUUUCUGGCUUGUUGUGCUAAUGUUGGUAUCCAGGCGGGAGAGCUGA